UACCGGCGAGCGGUGUGUACGGGCGCUAUGGCGAGCCGGAAGAGGCAGGUGGCCGAGAAGGCCCGGCGGACAUGUGAGGAGGAGAGGAAAGAGCUGGGAAGCCCUAACAGGGAGAACCCGGGCAACAGCAGGAGCAAAAAGUUGAGCCGGGGCCCUAAAGUUGUCGCUGCCUGCCUGUCCAGCCCGGCCUCUACCCCUGUAGCCUCCAGGAAAGAGAAGGAGGGUGAAAACGGUUCCAAUAAGAAGACUCCUCAGUUGCUGUCUAAGUGCAAGUCAUGGGACAUUAAUUCUCCAUCCAGAGAUGCAGAGCAACAUCAUGAAAUAUUUUGGGAUCCCAAUUCACCGACUUGUUUUAAACUAGACAAUGGAAGAAAAAAGACGGCAAGCAAAUGUAUUGUUGAGAUUUCAGAUAUUGUCAACAGAAUUGCUCCAAAGGAUGGAAAGCCUUCAAAUUCUGAUUCUUCAUACUUCGGUGUAUGGAUUGGAGAUGAUGCUAUCCCGUGCACUCCAGUAGUAACCCGCACUAGAACUAAAAUGCAUAGAUCUAGAAUCCUAAAAACAGAAGAAGAACUCAUGGAAUUGGCAAAGCAGUUAGACCGGAAUUUGGUUGAACAUAAAGACCAGAAUUCUGAUGACUUGAUAGACAAAGCAAACAAAGUUGUUAAUGUUGGUGGUGCUCAGGAAGAUGGCAGUGGUUCUUUCCUGGAAUACAUUCCUGAAGAAGAUGAAGUAUCUCUAGCAUUGAAAUCUGUUAGCCAAAGCUCAGGUAUAGGAGCAGAAAAGAGCAGUCAAAAGUCUGUGGACCAGGAGGCUGAAGAAGCAUUUAAUGCUUUGUUUGAUUGUUCUACACAGAAAUGCAGUGGACGGUUAAGUCAAACUUUGUCCCAUGUUUCUACAAGCAGUAUUGAGUUUGCUUUAGAUACAGGAAAUGGCAUCGGGGAAAAUCAGUUACUUACUAAACAUAAAGUUCCACCUGAAAGCAAUAAAACUUCAGGUCGUUUUUCCUUCAAUUCAAAAGUACGAUCAGAUAUGUUGCAGUGUGAUCAAACUUCUAAACAAGCUGGGUCUAGUGGAAAGGAACCAGUUCAAUCCUCUGAUAUGGCUCAUUCAGAAUUAAAUAGCCAGGAUGACUUUGAAGAUGACUGGGGAGAAGACAUUCUUGAAGACGAUUCUUUUGUAAUGCAGAUUACUCAAAAUCCUGAGUUGGUUGCUACUCCAAAAAGUAACGUAACUUCAAAAACAGCAAAUGAUGCUAAUCUACAUACUGUAGGAGGGAAAGACAGCUCUGGAUGUACAGCUAAAGUCAUAACCUCUAAUAAGCCUAAUCAUUUUAAAUUUGUACCCCUAAAAUUAAAUGAAGGUGAGGGGAGUAAAAUGAAAACGCCUGAUCUAAACAGAUCUGAAACCUCACAUGUGAAGAGAACAGCAGACUGUACAAGAGACAGGAUGAUUUCUACUGCACAUGCUCUAGGACCAUCGGGGGCCCAGGUUCCAAAACCAAAUGAUACUGGUCUAAAUUCUUCAACAAAUCCUUCCGCUAACUUUGGAGUAUCUAAAACUUAUACCUUUUCAUCUAAACCAUUAAGCUCUAGAAAGGAAAAAGAUGAAAUACCCAAAAAGGAAGUCCAAGCUGCACAGCAAACUCAUACUGUCUCUAAAAACAAGGAGUCUGUUUACUCUGAUGAAUGGGAUGACCCUAAGUUUUCUGAUGAAGUCCUAGAAAUGUUUUGUGAAUCUGAGGGAAGUCUGUGGGAAGAUAAGGCUGACGAUGAUGAUGACCUAUUGUAUCAGGUCUGCGAUGACGUUGAAAGGUUGACACAGGUUCAAGCAUCUGUGGGAAAUACUCAGGUCUCUAGUUCAAGUCUUAAUGUUUUCACAAAGAGUGUCACAAAUAAUAAAUCUGAAACCAAAAUUACCACAAACUAUUCUUGUGCUUCAAAUAAAUCCAGUGGGUACACAUUAAGUUCUAAUAAAAUGGCUGCCAAGGGUGUUUCUCCUGCAUCUGUGAGUGGAAACUGCUUGAAUUCUUUUCAAAACAGCUCCUUCCAAAGGACAAACCAGGCUUCUUCAACUUUCAGCAGGUCAAACUCUAUGCCUUAUGUAGCGGAGUCCAAAAAGUAUCAAGAGCCUCACUCACAAGGUGUAAAUAAUCUACAGGCCACCGCAAGCAAUGCAAGAACUUCCCAGGCACCUUCAAAGUACUCUUUUACAAGAACUAAGCUUUCUCCAGCACUGUCUGUCCACACAAAUAGCUCUCUUUCUGAAAAAGAGAGCAUUUCUAAAGGGCUUCAAGGUUUUGUUGAUGGUAAUAAAAGAAACCCUAAUUUGCAGCCACAUGUGCUCUCAAGUCAGCAGUCAUCAUUAAAAAGGCAUCUUUCAGAAUCGACCAUACAGUCAUCGAAAGUCUUUGUCUCAGAAGACAGAAGUAAGAAGUGCUCAAUGGAAGAGAUUGAGCGGAAAAAACAGGAAGCUUUGGCUAGAAAGAAAAUGAGAGAAAGAGUGGGUUCCAAUGACAAUGCACCAACGUGAUGAUCCAAAAACAUCUAUUGUUCUGUCAUAGAAGUUGACCUUUUUGUUGGAUAUUAUAGUUUCUCUGUGAGAAAAUGUAGUAUAAAUCACAGCAAACACUAUGUUGUUAUAGUUUUGUUUUAUAAAUGUUUACAAUGUUAAACUUUUUUUUGUAUAAAAUAUCCUGCUGUGCUCAGGAAUAAAAUGUGUGAACUUGUAUUUAUCAUGCUUUCUAAGAUCACUGUCUCAGAGUCUGUCUUCACUACACAACAUAGCUGAAAGUUGAAAAUGUUCCUUCAUAUAGUGCUGUAAACAUUUUAUAUGUGUUUUGCUGGUGUUACAUUUGCUUAAUAAAUAUGAUUGUAACUCAUUCCUCUUGUAUAUCUGA